UCAUUUUGCUUGUACCGGGUGGAGUAAAACGAGUCUGAGGUGGUGAAAUAUUGGUCUAAAAUCGUCGUGUUAUUUGCAAUAGCUUAUUAACUCCUACCAGCCUCUCACAAAAUGACGACGACAACUAUAUAUUCAGGCAUGGAAGCCGGAGCAAAAAGCAGCUCCAGGGUCCUGCGCCCCCCUGGAGGAGCCUCCAACAUCUCUUUUGGCAAUGAUGAGGAAAAGCCCCCCAGUCGCAAAAACAAGAUGGCCUCCAACAUCUUCCCUGAACCAGAUGACCCACACGCUCAUCGGAGGAACAACCCACCUGGUGGGAAGCCCACCGGAGUACUGUGUGGAGAGCCCUCAGCCCCACUGAGGAGAUGUGCUGCCCAGUCUUCCGCCAACAACCACGAGGACUCCAACGCCGGGAAUGGAGACAAUGACAUGGGAAAUGCCGAUAACGCUGUAGAGGUUGAGGUCGUUCCUGCCCCAGAGCAGAGGAGCGAGGCGCCCCAGCCCGCCGCAGGGGCGCCCCAGCCCGCCGCAGGGGCCUCCCAGCCAGCUGCAGGGAUGACGUCAGGCCGCAGGAACCCCCCAGGGGGCAAGUCCAGCCUCGUCCUGGGUUGAGGUCCUUCUCUAUCUCUCUUUCUCAGAACUCCGCUGUCCUUUUCUCUUUUUUAAAAGAAGAAUCUCCACCCGUAUAUCUGUGAGUCCAGGAAUUUCGUCCCGUCCUCUUCCUCUCCUCCCUCCCCGAGUCCAUUGUUUUGAUACCCCCUCUUUUUUAAUUUUUGUAAGUUUUUUUGACAGACGCACUUUAUGUACCUGAUCCAAGCCCCUGGCAUCUGUAGUGCUAUAGUCACAGGCCUGCUGGCUAAAGGGCAUGAGGUUUAAGUUGUCCCUCACUCCAUCCGGUGUCAAUGGCAAAGUUCUGAUGCGAUGAGGUUUAAAAAAAAAAAAAAAAAAAAAAAAAAAGAUUCAUAUGAAGUUGUUGCUUUUGCACCGUGUUCAUUGUCUGGUAAAAACUGCAUGCACGCCUGGUUUGUUCCAAGUCCGACUCAACCAAAACAUUUUGGUGAAGCAUUUUGUUUAAAAAAAUAAAAUAUAUAUUAAAAAUGGAAAUAAAAAAAGUUUUACUGUGAACGUUUCAUUUUAAUUGAAGGUUAUGCUGGACUAAAUUGUGAGUCAUUAAUUAAAUGUUGGGGUACAUGAUCUAGUGUUGCAUGAAGUUUGGGACUUGAACAUUUCUAUGGAAACUAAAAUCCACACAGGCGAUACAAACAGUUCACUCAAACCCUGGCGUCGUUAUUUCUGAAGACUAAAUUCAGUGAAUAUGUCCAGAAAAUGGGCAUUCUAAUGUCCUGAAAUGGAGAACAAGAUAUCAUUUUUGUUUUGUAUCUGUAGUCGUUACAAGUCAGUUAUAACUUCAGUGCCAGUUUUGAGUGAUUUUAUUUUAAAGAAACUUUCUCAACAGGUUAAAGAAUGCCUGUUUGUGUGGUACUCCAUCUGAUAGAAUGACAAGUGACCUUAUGACAGCUCUGCCUACUUCUCGUUUUAUGUAUUUUAUUUUAAUUCUCAAUGUUGGACAAAAUUUGGUACGUUAAGUAAAUUGUCCAGAGUUCUUGUUCGAACUUCUGUCACGGUCUCUCUUACAGGUCUGAUGCCUAUUUUACUGUCUGCCUUGUACAGGAAAACCUGUGGUUCUAUGUAUUUACACACACACAGGUCAAUUUUGUUCAAAUGUAAUUUGAAUGAAAUUGCACACAUGGCUUUAGUGAAUUCAUGUUGAAGUGCUGUUCUGAAGAUGUUGAAUGGUCAGAUGGGCUAUAUGACCGUUACUUGUUCAUCCAAAUUCAUGCAGGUUUGUCUAUCACUGUAAAAGUCGCAACGAAUAUUGGCACAAAUUAAAAGUCGCUUUUGACC